AUGGCAGCCUGCCUGCGCCAGGGCUGGCUGCUCUCACUGCUCCCUGCUGUCCUGCUCAGCCUCCGCAGCCCGCUGUCGGCACCUGAGCCGGUGACAUCCCAAGACGCUGCGCUGCUGGCAGGGGUGCCCGAGGACAUCCUCUGCUUCUCCCGCUCCUUCGAGGACCUCACCUGCUUCUGGGAUGAGGAGGAGGAGGCAGCAGCAAGCAGGACGUGCUACUUCUACUACUGGUAUAGCAGGGACGUACCCAUGGUGUGCACGGUCUCCACGUGGCGCCACGGGGCCGGCAGGACACGGCAUGUCUGCGUCUUCCCCGGCCAGGACGUGAGGCUCUUCACCCAGCUCCACCUCCGUGUCCUGGAUGCCACCACCAACCAGACCAAGUACCAGCGGGAGCUCAGCGUGGACGCGGUGGGUCUCAUUGCCCCCCCAGUGAACAUCACAGCCCGCUGGGCCGGGGCUGCGGGGCAGCUCUGCGUGUCAUGGCAGCCACCGCUCACUGACUACCUGAACUUCUUCCUCUACGAGGUGCGGUGCUGCCCCGCCAGCUCCUCAGAGACGCCCUGCAGCACCGCACUGGACCCCGGCGGGCAGCGCCCCGGGGAACCCUCCAUCCGGCCGGCCAGCAGCACCCACACAUCCAUGGCCAGGGCAGCUGCAGCUUCCCCAGGAGCAGGGCAGGGGCUGGUCCAGGCCCACACCUGGGCAGUCCUCCAGGACCUGCAGCCAGGGGUGAGGUACCACAUCCAGGUGCGCAGCAAACCCGACGGCACCUCCAUGGACGGCGUCUGGGGGCCCUGGUCACAGGCAGUGGCUGCAGAGACACCCCGCUCCUCCGGUGAGCAGCCGUCUGCACUGCCAGGGCGCUGGUGGCAUGGCGGGGAGGCACCCACACCUGGAGCUGCGAAGGGUGGGGGUCCUAGGGUAGGUGAGGUGCAGCACCCAGGUUUUGGGGGGCACGGGGUAAGCAGCCACCUCCCUGCCCUGGCUCUUGCCUACUCAGGAGACAUCAGGCUGUGCUGCAGCACCCCUGACCUGCAGCACGUGCGCUGCGAGUGGAGCUGGGACCCCGCAGAGCCCCGCAGCUCCCACCAGCUCUUCUACCGGGCGCCUCCAAGCGGGCCCGGCACAAGGGAAGACGCAUGGCAGCGGUGCGAGGAGGCGAGCGUGGGGGUGCAGGGCACCCACACCUGCACCUUCCAGCCCAGGGCUGGCAGCGCCAUCUCCGUCCUGGUGAAUGUCACCCAGCCCCACGCGCCACCCACACUCAGCUACUUCAAGGAACCCUUCUGGCUGCACCAGGCUGUGCUUACAGAUGCCCCGCAGCUUGUGCAGGCGACGGUAUUGCAGGGCCGGCUGAGCCUGCAGUGGCUGCCACCCCUGGAGGCACUUGCGGAGCAGCUGGACUACCAGGUCCGCUACGCUGUGGAGAACAGCCAUGACUGGAAGGUCCUGCAGGUCCCACGGGCAGCCAGGAAAGAAGUCCUGGACCUACGGCCAGGUGCCCGCUACCAUGCCCAGGUGCGGGCCCAGCCCAGCGGCCCAUGGUACCAGGGCAGCUGGAGCGCCUGGUCCAAACCUGUCAUGGUUGACGCCAUGGCCGAUGCGGGCUGGAUCAUCCCGAGCGUUACGGUGGUGCCGCUGCUCUUCACAGGAGUGCUCCUGGGGCUGCGGUGCACCUUCCCCUCCCUCUACAGCAACGUGAAGCAGAAGCUCUGGCCCCCCAUCCCUGACCUGCACCGCGCACUGGGCAGCUUCCUCCACGAGAGCAGCAAGCACGCCCAGACCCAAGGAGUUGUCUCCUGGCAGACCCUAACCAGAGCUUAG